UUUUUUAGCGUUAACGUCCUGCUUAUCCAACACAAUCGAUGUCCAUUCUAUUAUUUAAAUAAUGUCAAUAAAUGUAUAAAUAAACAGUAACACAUCGUUUCAAUCUGAAGUUAUCUAAUACCAGCUCUAAUACCUCGAGAAUCGUGUUAUAAAAAAGAGGGAAAAAUGGCGGAUAACGAUGUAAAUGGUGAUUCCGAUGAAGUUCAGCAAGAGAAAUCACAGAAAAAGGCAGCGAAAUAUGACAGCGGUGCUGCUGAUUUAGAAAAAGUCACAGAUUACGCAGAGGAAAGAGAAAUAUCUUCGUCUGACGGAUUCUCAUGCGCGUUGAGCAUAAUUGGCGAUCGGAGGAAUAAGGAGGCCGCGGAAAAGAAAGCACGAGAAAAGGAAUUGCAAAAAGUUCCUAUUAAUAAACAAGAUGUUGAUCUCAUUAUGAAAGAAAUGGAAAUAAGUCGAAGUGUAGCGGAACAAACACUCAGGGAACACAGAGGGGACGUUGUUGAAGCAUUAAUUACAUUAACGAAUUAACUGUACAGCAUGAACUCUAAACACUUACCAAAAUCUCAAUUAUAUUGUACAUUAUACGGUCUUAGGAAUUGUUGACUUUGGGUUAUUAAUAUUUAUUCAUAUAUAUUACAAAAUAUAUUCUAAGUGAUUCUGUA